UCAAAUUGUCGUAAAAGUGGGUUCGUGUUCAGUUCAGGUGCAAAGCAAGUAAGCCGUACGCGAUUAUUAUUGUGGAAAAUUAAUAAGAAUUAUAUAGGAUUACAUUACUAAAUUAAAAUGGAGAUAGAUAAGGAAAAUAUUGUCCAGGCGGUGGUUAUAAUGGAUACAUUUAAUAAACAUUUUAAUCCAAUUUGUGAUAACAAACCAAUGGGCUUACUAACAGUUGCAGGAGUACCUCUUAUUGAUUAUGUACUAGAAUCUCUUUCGCGUGGUGGAGUAGGAGAAGUAAUUUUAUUUUGCAGUCAAGAUGGCCAAAAAAUCAAGGAUCACAUUAGGAACUGCAUUGAAAAUAAAGCAAUAUGGAAUGUUUCAAUGGAUGUUCAAGUAAUGAUGUCUGACACAUGCCAGACUAUGGGUGAUGUGAUGAGGGAAAUUGAUGCUGCUGCUCUUGUUAAGGGUAAUUUUGUGUUAAUGGGAGUCAACAGUGUGACAAAUAUUCAUUUUGCAUCUUUAUUGGAACAACACAAACAACUAUGUAAGAAGGAUAAAGGUGCAGCAAUGACACUUGUAUACAAAAAGGUGUCUUGGGAACAUCCAUUAAUCAGCUCAGAUAAGCCAAUUUUCUUAGCAGCUGAUGCCAAUACAAACAAAGUAUUGAUGCACCAAAAGUACAAACCUAAAUCAGCUGAGAAGACCAUAAGCCUUCCAUUGGAAAUAGUUUUAAACCAUUCAGAGGUAAAAUUGCACCAUAAUUUAGCUGAUGUAGGCAUAGCACUCUGUUCCGCAUCUGUGCCACCACUAUUCUCAGACAACUUUGACUUUCAAACAAGAGAUGAUUUCAUACAUGGUAUUUUAAUAAAUGAAGAGAUUAUGGCCAGCUCCUUAUACUACACACUUUUGAAAGGAAAUCAAUAUGGUGCAGCUGUUACUAAUUGGAAAACUUAUCAGACAGUGUGUCGGGAUGUCUUACACAAUUGGACACACCCAUUAACCAUUGAGACUGGUUCAUUUUACCAGAACAAUUUUAUCAUCAUUGGUAAUCAUAUCUUCAAAGAAAAGUCAUCAACUCUCAGCAGGUCCUGUUCACUGAUUGAAGAUGUUCUAAUUGGUGAACGAACCAAUAUUAAUGAUAAUACAGUUUUAUCAAAAUCAAUGAUUGGAAAGAACUGUGUGAUUGGCAAUAAUGUAACAAUCAAAGGGAGUCAUAUAAUGAACAACGUUGUUAUAAAAGAUAAUUGUACUGUUGUAAACAGUUUUAUUGAUGAUAAUUGUACAAUAGAAGAAAACUCUGUUGUUGAAAAUGGCACGAUCAUAGCAGCAAACGUUGUUGUCAAAGCUGGCAGUCAAUUGAAGGGAAAUAUAUUGGAGAGCAUUGAUGUUGAGAAUGAAAAAACUUUGAUGAAAUCAACAUCAGAAAGUACAGAAUGGGAAAAUGAGUCAUCAGGCUCUGGUGGUGAUGAUUUCAUUGGCUUUGAGAAAUCAUGGAGUGACAGUGAGUCUUGUUACUCGUCUGACGGCAGUGAUGAUUCUUCAUUACCUGAUUCUCCUAUUCCUGAUGAUACCAACAUAUUCUUGCAAGAAGUUAUUGACAGCUUGGCAAGAGGGUAUGAAGAAAAACUGAAGAAUGAUUAUCUCAUUUUGGAAAUUAAUUCAUCUAGAUAUGCAUACAACAUCCAAUUAAAUGAAGUUAACUUCUUUGUUGUUAGAGCUCUGCUCAGUAUUCCUGUUCUGGCUGAAAAUAAGAAUGUACUCAGUACCGUCAAGGAUAUAUUGAAAUAUUUCAGACCUGUGUUGUCAAACUAUAUUAAAACAAAGUCUUCAAUUAUGGACUGUUUGAGGGCUGUGGAGGACAGUUGUUUAAAAUGUGAGUGGCUAGAUGGCAAGUGUGGCCAAAUCUUACAUUUACUGUAUGAAGCUGAUGUUGUUGACGAGGAUUCAUUACUGGAGUGGCACCAAAACUUGGAAGAAAAUGAGAGUCCUAUUGCAAACCAGCCUUCACUUGUCAAGUUUUUCGACUGGCUUGAAGAAGCUAGUGAAGAAAGUGAAUCAGACUAAUUUGUAAAUUAAACAAUUUUUCUCAUA